UUUGGAUUUGUUGGAUUCAAUCACCUCUUCUUUAAGCUUCUACCCUCCUCACUACCAUGGCUGACCAUCAAAAACCUAAACCCACCGACAAUUUCUCUUCGCCGCCGUCAACAAAUCCACCUAAAACCUCCGGCGGAUCAUCUAACGGUGGAUUAUCCGGCGCUCCACACUUUCCAAACCCUCCGGAUCGUACGAAUCCAGACGCGGCGACACUGAGAGAGCAAUGGAGGUUCGCUAUCAAGCAGUACAGCAAAUGGUAUUCCCACGCUUGGGGAACUGCAAUUUUAGCUGGGCUUUCAUUUUACGCCCUUGGUUGGAUUAUCAAAGGCUCUAAUCCUUUGCCCUCUUUUAAGCACGAAGAGUCGGAUGCUAAAAAUGCUUCUUCGUCUUCAUCUUCUGAUGAUGCUGGUGCUGUUCCAGAGGUUAAGAGAAGUUGAUGAUGACGAUAAUUUCAUUUUAGACUCUCUUUACUCUCAAUGAAACAAGUUACUCAUGAAUAGCUGAAGUCUCUCCCUCGCCUCCAACCUCUACCCUCCGGGCUUCUUAAAAUUCACUUGCUGCAAGCUCUAUGUGGAUGGAAGUGCAAUCAUUGCUAACAACUAAUUCCUGGGCAAAGUUAGUAUAUCUGCUUCCUGGAAAAAGAAACACCAAAAUUGUAAUAGGAUGUGUACCAAGACCAAUAUCUGCUGGUGCCCGCUGAGAGUCAAAGCAAGUCAAGUCUGCCUUUUUUCUUCGACCGUUUGUCUCCUGCAAUGAGUACAACAACGCUACACGAAAAACAAUAGUAUCCUGAAUAUCGUUAAGAAGAGUUUUGUUACUUAUUUCCUAUACAGUAGAUGUGCAUAUCAAUAAUACUGUAGUUUUGAGUUGUUGACGUUCUGUGUAGCGCGGAUAAGUUACCUUACCAUUUUCACAGCUGAAAUGUUCUUAAUGCCAAUGUACACUUAUGAAAAGACAAAACAGAUGGUUCUUAAGCUAAAUUUUUCCA